UAAUGUUAACUUAGAAAGAAUCAUUAGGAAAGGAGGAAGAUUUCAAUUUGAAUAAAUUUCGGGAUUCUUUGUAUCUUAGAAUGUCCAGUCCUAGUACCUUAAAAGUAAGUAGCACACGUAAGGAGGAUAAUUCAGUUAAGAAAUCUUCCAAAUCUUCUCUUAAUACUGAUUUGCAACAUAGAAAAAGGUGGGUUAAAUAUUUAUAAAUAGUGCUCCAUCAUUUGAUGAAUUACUUAAAUCAAUGAAUAAUGGUAGUGGGUUUACAUAAUUAUAGAAUGGAUCAAAUCAAAAAAAAAGUAUAAAUGAUUCAUCUAGAAAAAUGAGUGGGUUAUAACAUAAAAUAGAAUGUUUUGGUAACAAUGAAAUAAAUUAGCUAACAAAAUUAUCUCAACCGUAAUCCUUAUAUAAAUUUUAGAUUUAUUAGCAAUUAGCCCCUCUAUUAAUCAACAAAAGCUUAACAAAAAAGAACCACAUUCUCUAGCAGUAUUACAGAAAAACCUGUAUUUAAUAAAGGCUCUGGUAAAACACUUUUGGAUAAAUUAUCUUUAAAAGAAUUGAUAGAACUAAGAAGUAAAGUUGAUCAUAGUACUUAAUCAGAAGUUCAUUAAUUAUCAGCUAAUUAUGUUUAAGAAUUAGUAAAAUUGUCUUAAAUUAUAACAAAGCAAGUUAAAAAUGUUAAAUAUUGA